AUGCUUGCAUAUUGCAAAAAACACGAACUUCCGUUGCAGACAGAACUGAUCCCUGAAGGCAUGGGAGCCAAAAUCCACUGGUUAGGCGACAGAUCAUUACAGAAAUGCAAAGUGAUUUUGUAUUUUCAUGGUACGUUCUACUGGAAACCACUACGCCAAGAUGUCAAGAUCACCCCGUCUUUCGUUACCAAAGACCAUCAAAAGAUGAUUCGAAACCGGCUGACGGUCGUUCGGCCAAUACAAUUUGUGGUCCGGUGCUCAAAGGUCCUACAAGACAAGGGCGAGAGAGCCGUCAUUGCAUUCGUUGAAUACGGAUUGACACCGGAGAACCGAUAUCCGACUCAGUAUUUGCAGGCUGUCCGGGCUCUGAAUUACGUCCUGCAGAAAGACUACCAACCCGCCGACCUGAUCCUAGGUGGCGAUUCGGCCGGAGGUAAUAUCUGCCUGGCCAUCAUGUCGCUGGCUCUCCACGCCGCCAACGACACGCUAUCACAGCCAACACUGCCGUCCCCCCUGGCAGGUGUUUUCUUGAUCUGCCCGUGGGUCAGCUUCCAGUCAUCGUCGAGCUCGUACCGCGACAAUGCGGCAAUCGACAUCGUCUUAGCCCCACAGAUGCACCACUGGGCAGAAGCUUUCCUACCCGUGGCUUUAGCCGCGUCCCAGAGGCUUGACGACUCUGUUAUCCACAAUCUGGUUGAACCCGUAUCUGCCGAAACAGCUUGGUGGAAGGGUUUCCCAGCGCAGCAAGUGCUGAUGGUAGGGGGAGACAAGGAAGUCUUCAGGGAUGACAUCAAGGAGCUAGGCAAGAAGUUGGCCGGUGCCUCCGUCACGACCAGCACUGUCAUAUGUGAGAACCAAAUACACAUAGAGUGUAUUUUGGACGCCCAAUAUGGUGAUACGCCGGGGAAAAUGUCGGUCACCAUCUGGGAUUGGCUUGCCCGGCUGGUUUCUUGA